AUGACCGCCGCCCUGACCGUCUACUCGGCCACUUUCAUGCGCUACUCGCUCGCCGUCACUCCCCAAAACUACCUGCUGUUUGCUUGCCACUUCAUCAACGAGUGCUCGCAGCUGACGCAGGGCUACCGCUUCGUCAACUGGCACUACUGGGGCGGCAAGGAGAAGGCCGCCCAGGGCGCCCUUGCCGACGUCAAGGACAAGGUUGUCGAGGCUGGCGAGAAGGUCCAGGCUGCUGUCUCGAAAUAA